CUGCAAUUCUGUAUAUCAUUUAUAUACAGCAGGAACAACAAUGGCCCGAGUAUUGACCCUUGAGGGACACCACUCGAAGGCAUCAUUACAUCAGAUUUUAUUGUUUUAUACAAGAUGUUUAUAAUAAUUAUGCAUAUAUGCAGAUAUUUUAUUGAAGUGAAAUUCAUCAACCUAAGUCAUAAAGGGAGUUGAUUUUCAAUAGUUUUAGACUCAAUUCUCGACGUUGAAAAUAUGCAAUUUCGACAAGAAAUUUUUAUCGGACUCCUACAGUAGUCCUACUUGCUCAUUUUUUUCUCCAUGUUGGAUGAAAAACGUGUCAUCCCACAGCUUUUUGGCUGAUCUUUAUGAUUAUGAAAAAAUGACGUUCAUACGCUGAGUAAUUAACGCACAAAAAACUGGAUGAUCUUUUUUGAUACACCCUGUAUAUACAAAAAAUACUUGUCAUGUUGAGCGAUGGAAACAAGGUCAAGUGGGCACGCCGAGUGUUUCCGACAAAUACCGAGCAAAGUCCAAGAGCAAAGUCUAGUCGAAAAACCAAAACAAUUUGAACAAUUAGCUACAUAUUUUCAAUUUUUUGUUUGGCACCUCUUGCAUUUAAAAAUUUCUUUUGGGAAAAAGAAAGCAGCUUAAAAAUGGUGGACAGCAGCAAAAUAUUUACUAAAUUUCCCCCCGGACCUUUGGAUAUUUACAGGAAAAAAGCUUCCUUCGACUGGUAUGAAAUGAAGCGAUUUAUAGACGGCGACGAAAUAUUGGACACCAAGGAGCAUAUUUGGAGUGUUUUGGCAAAAGAUCCGCUGUUUAAAAAGACCACACGAGGCUUGUCUAUCGAGGAAAAACGACGGUUGACAUUUUUGAAGAUUAAACGUCUCGUGGAGUAUGAUUUUGCGGGCGAGAUUGGGGAAAAUCCAUUGAACGUCCAUGGCAUCACGGACGCGAUUGGCUCGAUCAAUUGGGGAUUGAUGGCAAAGUUUCAAUUACAUCAUCAGGUUGUUGCCAAUUGUGUCUAACCCAUCAAGUCAUUCCAGAAAAUAUCCAUACCUCCCUCACAGAGGAAAUUGGACGUUAACCCCUCUACCCAUUUCGGAUGUCCUAAUACACUUACUAUUAUCAGAAACACAUUUUUCAACAAUCCCCCUCCCCUCCGGAACGGCAGGAAUUUCCUCCUUGGAGGGAGUGUGCAUCUUUUGUGGAAUGACCCAUUGCAUCCUAAUGCACUGGUCAUACUUUAAUUGUCAUUUUACUCUGUCUAACGCCAGAUGAUUUUCACUUGUCAAGGAGAGUCGGUGCUGGUGCUCAAUGGGUUUUGUGCAAGACUCUCCUACACUAGUAAACACAUUUGGCAUUAGACAUGGGUAAAAUCGUCUGGCAUUUUACAGAGUAAAAUUGUCUGACGUUAGACGGAGUAAAAUAAUACAGCUGGGUGCAUUUGAGUGGAUAAACAAGGCACAUAGUCAUUAAUGGUUAACCAUUAAUGCACAAGACUCUUCCCUUCUGUAGUAACACUAGAUCGACAAGGGAUGACACUAAACUGAUCUCUAAGAAGAGCAGUGUGAUUGUAAUUAUGGUGAUGAUGGUAAUGAUGAUGAUGGUAAUGAUGAUUCAGGUGAUGAUGAUGGUAAUGAUGCUGAUGAUGGUAAUGAUGCUGAUGAUAAUAAUGGUGGUAAAGGAGAUGGUGGUGGUAAUGGUAGUGGUGAUGAUACUUGUGAUGGUACUGGUGAUGAUGAUGAUGAUGAUGGUGAUGAUGAUGAUGGUGACAGUGAUGAUGGUGACAGUGAUGAUGGUGAUGAUGGUGACAGUGAUGAUGGUGAUGAUAGUGACAGUGAUGAUGGUGAUGAUGGUGGUGAUGGUGACAGUGAUGAUGGUGAUGAUGGUGACAGGGAUGAUGGUGAUGAUGGUGACAGUGAUGAUGGUGAUGAUGGUGACAGUGAUGAUGGUGAUGAUGGUGACAGUGAUGAUGAUGGUGGUGAUCAUACUGGUGAUGAUGCUGGUGAUGAUGAUGUUGGCAGUGAUGGUGAUAAUGGUGACAGUGAUGAUGACAUUGAUGAUAAUGAUAGUGGUGCUGGUGAUGAUGCUGUUGACGUUGUUGACAGUGAUGGUGCCAGUGGUGAUGAUGAUGACAUUGAUGAUGAUGAUAGUGGUGCUGGUGAUGAUGCUGGUGAUGUUGUUGUUGACAGUGAUGGUGAUGAUACUGAUGAUGAAUGAUGGUGGUGGUGAUCAUACUGGUGAUGAUGGUGCUGGUGAUGAUGUUGGCAGUGAUGGUGAUAAUGGUGACAGUGAUGAUGAUGACAUUGAUGAUGAUGAUAGUGGUGCCGGUGAUGAUGCUGGUGAUGUUGUUGUUGUCAGUGAUGGUGCCAGUGGUGAUAAUGGUGACAGUGAUACAAUGUUGGUGAUGACAAUGGUGGUGGUGGUAAUGGUCAUGAUGUGAUGAUGGCAAUGGUAGCAAUAAUGGUAGCAAUAGUAAUAUUAUAAAGCAAUGGUAGAUAAUGGUAAUAUUGGUACGGUUGUGAUAACAGUGAAUUAUGAAUUGAUGAUAAUAGUGAUUACGAAUUGAUAAUGGAGUGCUGUUGUUGAUAGGUGUAAUGGUGGUAGAUCGAUAUAGAUGGGUGCUGAGGUACAAUGACCAUGCCUUCUCCAUAUUUCAGUUAUUUGCUUUCAAUGUGAAAAGAUUAAGUCAGCAUCCAAUGACUCAUUCUUUGGCAGAAAAGUGCGAUAACCUAGAGGUGAAUUUCUUAAACUUAGUAAUACUUGUUUAUUAACUUGCACUGUUCUAUUUAUCUUUGAACUUUGUAAAGAUCGUAUUUGAAAUGUUUUUAAUGUUAUUAAAGGUAUUUGGCUGUUUUGCUCUCACGGAGUUGAGCCAUGGUAGCAACACUAAAGCAAUGAGAACCACCGCAAUUUUCGAUCCAGCAACGCAGGUAAAAGGAAAGAGACAAGAUAAUUUAAUUUAAUUUAAUUCUUCAGCCAACUCUCUUUGGCUAUAGAGCCUCUUUGACAGCCAACUCUGAUCAACUCUCAUGCAUUCUCAUCAACUCUUAUCAACUUUGAGCUGGUUCAGAUUUUGCUGAUAUGAUAGUUUUCACUACGUCCGUGGUAAUAUCCAGUUAACUCUCACCGGGGCACGAGAGUUGAGGAAACUCUCAGGCAAACUCUCGCUUCUCUAUUCUCGUCAACUCUCAAUCUCGUUUGACCAAGGCUAAACUCACCCUGUCAACUUACACGGUUGGAGGAAACCAGAGUACCCGGAGAAUGUCUCGAGUAGAGAUGUGCAAAUCCGAUACGAAUCUAAUCCGAAUCCGAUCCGGUUGGACUUCGAUUACCAGGGCUGCUGUGAAAACCAAAGGCUUACGGCGUCUCCGUUUCAUAUUUUUCCAUUUUGUUUAUUUCUAAUUGUCUAUUGUCAUAACCCUAUUUGUAAAGCAUAAAAGAUCUGAGUUCUUUUACGCGAAAUUGCGAAUUGGCUUCUGCAAAGACUAGAGUCUAGAAAUUAAAAAGUAAGCCCCUGUAUGAGAAUUGAUGAAAGUUUGAGCUCGUUGCAUGGACCGGUAAUAUUCAGUCAACUCUCGUGCAACACAUAUUCUCGUUUACCGAGUACGAGAGUUGAGGAACUCUCGUGCAAACUCUCGCUUGCUAAAGGCCGUUUUCCACUAGGCGGAAUUUUCCGCGCGCAGCGGAAUUUCUCUUUGUCUUUUCUAAUUAGUUCCACCCGAGAAAUCACAAGACAAAGAGAAAUUCCGCUCCGCGCGGAAAAUUCCGCCUAGUGGAAAACGGCCUUAAAGCCGGUUUUCCACUAGGCGGAAUUUUGCCCGCGGAGCGGAUUCUUUCUUUGUCUUUUCUAAUUAGUUCCACCCGAGAAAUCACAAGACAAAGAAAAAUUCCGCUCCGCGCGCAAAAUUCCGCCUAGUGGAAAACCGGCUUUACUCUCAUCCUCAUGCUUUAGCUUGAUACUUUAACCUGUACUUUGAUUUCAUAAUUUUUGUGUCAAUGUUUUCUAUUAUCAUAGGAAUUUGUUUUAAACACACCAGAUUAUGAAGCAACAAAAUGGUGGGUUGGUAAUCUUGGUAAGACGGCCACCCAUGCUUUGGUAUAUGCUCAACUGUACACCCCAGAUGGCGUGUGUCAUGGUCUGCAUAUGUUCUGCAUACAAGUUCGUAACUAUGAUCUUACUACCAGAACUGGAGUACUUGUUGGUGAUAUUGGAGAGAAGUUAGGACAGAAUGAAUUGGAUAAUGGGUGAGAUUGCAUUUGCAGCUGGUAGUGGUGGUGAUUAUGGUUGUGGUGGUGAUGAUGGUGGUGAUGGUUGUUAUGGCGAUGUUGGUGAAGAUGAUGGUAUUGAUGGUUAUGAUAGUGGUGAUUGUGAUGGUAAUCAUGGUGAUGGUGAUGAUGAUGAAUAUGUUGAUGAAUAUGCUGACGUUGAUGAAUAUGUUGACGUUGAUGAAUAUGUUGAUGAAUAUGUUGACGUUGAUGAAUAUGUUGAUGUUGAUGAAUAUGUUGAUGUUGAUGAAUAUGUUGAUGUUGAUGAAUAUGUUGAUGUUGAUGAAUAUGUUGGUGAUGGUGAUGGUGAUGAUACAACAAUGACGAUUGUGCAUGUUUAAUAAUUCGUUUAAAUUACCAUUCUCAUUCUUUGCUUCUAGUUUUGUAGCAUUCAACAAUGUACGAAUACCACGAGAAUGCUUACUAAACAAAGCAACUCAUGUCACACCAGAUGGACAAUAUGUGUCUUCAAUUAAAGAUCCUAGGAAAAGAUUUGCGGCUGCAUUAGGUGCUCUGUCCCAGGGCAGAGUUGGGAUUACUGAAAUGUGUGUCGUGAAUUUAAAAUUAUGUCUUACCAUCGCUAUAAGGUUUGUUUCACUUUAAGGCACGAAUUUUCACAUCCAGUGAGGCUCAAUCGAACUGUAUGGCCUUUCGGAUUCUCAAACAUUGCACUCCACUCUGUUCAAUUACCAUUAUGCUCGAAUCAUCAAAGUGUUUUAAGGUAGGCAAGGCACAAUUCACGACAGCUUAUAGUUUUUUGGUGCUCCUUGUAUAGGUAUUCAGCAGUUAGACGGCAGUUUGGACCACCAGGAAAAGAUGAAAUACCUGUUUUGGAAUAUCAAAUGCAAGUAGGUGGAGGGAUCUAUUUAUCAAUUUUUACUGUAAAGACCGGCAGUAAUAAGAAAUUCGAAAGUAAAUAUAAGGUUGUGGUGAACAGGUGAAGAUAGAUGGUAGUGAUAGUGGUGGUGAUCAUAAUGGUGAUAAUGCUGAUAGUGAUGAUGACGAUGAUGAUGACAAUGAUGACGACGCUGAUGUUGAUGAUGACGAUGAUGUUCAUAAUGUCGUUGAUGAUAAUGACAAUAAUGGUUAUGUAACCAUCGUUACGAUACCGAUGGUGAUGAAGACAAUGAUGGUUAUGGUUAUGUAACGAUGGUGACGGUGAUGAUGAUGGUGAUGAUGACGUCGAUGGUGAUGAUGACGUCGAUGGUGAUGAUGACGAUGAUGGUGAUGCUGUUGUGGUGUAAAAUGUUUUCUAUUUACAGCAAUGGAGAUUAAUUCCUUUACUGGCUGCGACGUACGCCUUACAGCACUUCUCAAAAACGUUAUUUAAAGAAACGCUCCAGUUUCAUGUUGGCUUGAUUCUUGGUGAAUCUGACGCAAAUCAGGUAGAAACCACUUCUUUCUGUCCCCUCGAUCUAUACAGGCCAAUACGGGCCAUGGUUGUAUAAAAGUACACGGAUCAUCGUUCCAGACGUAUUAAAUUAUCAAGAUUUUGUUGGCAUCUCACUCGAUUGAAUAAUGAUUCAAGGGUAUUGUAGAUGGAAAUUAUCGAGUGGAAAUUUAAUAUACAUUUAUUGAUAAUAAAAUAUUUACCCAUAACCUAUACAUGACAGUACCUUAGUAUAUAUACAUGAACUUGUGGUUAGAGCUCGACAACUGGCCUCUGUAGCUCAGUUGGUCAGAGCUCGACAACUGGACUCUGUAGCUCAGUUGGUUAGAGCUCGACAACUGGCCUCUGUAGCUCAGUUGGUUAGAGCUCGACAACUGUCUCUCUGUAGCUCAGUUGGUUAGAGCUCGACAACUGUCUCUCUGUAGCUCAGUUGGUUAGAGCUCGACAACUGGCCUCUGUAGCUCAGUUGGUCAGAGCUCGACAACUGGACUCUGUAGCUCAGUUGGUUAGAGCUCGACAACUGGACUCUGUAGCUCAGUUGGUUAGAGCUCAACAACUGUCCUCUGUACUCAGUUGGUUAGAGCGCUGCACCGGAAUCGCAGGGCCGCAGGUUCGAUUCCUGUCAGGGACCUAAAGUUGCAUUUUUCGCUUAUGUUCCUGGUUAGGUCUAAUAAAUGUAUAUAAAUUUCCACUCGAUAAUUUCCAUCCACAAUACUCUUCAAUUAUCAAUGGCAUUGUCGUUUCAAGGUUGAUCUUGGUCGUGAAAUUCAUGCUCUCUCAUGUUCAUCUAAACCUCUCGCUGCGUGGACAGCACGUGAUGCUAUUCAGGAAUGUCGCGAAGCAUGUGGAGGUCAUGGCUAUUUAGCUGGUAAUGUUGCUAUCACCUUGUUACAAAGUUGAUGUAACAGACUGACAAAGUACGUCUGACAAAAUAUUGUUACGUGUAACAGACUGACAAAUGCUGUAACAGACUUGUUACAAGUUGUUCCAACAAGACCAAUACAAGAUGUUCGUAACAAGUUGCUACGAGUUUGUUGUCAUCAACUUCUUAAUUAACAACUUGUUGCGUGCUGACGAUAUCAGACUUGUUGGAACAACUUGUUGCGAGUCUGUUAGCCUCAUCAACCAAAUCAAGCUCCACCUGCUCAGUAAAGGUUCACGUCCAGGCUGGCUUACCUUGUCAUAUCUUUAUAUUUUCGUCAGUCAACAGGCUGGGUGAGCUGAGGGAUGAUAACGACCCAAACUGUACUUAUGAAGGCGAUAACAACUUGCUACUUGGUCAGACCAGUAAUUUCUUACUUGCGAAGCUAGAAGAAAUGAAGAAAGGUUAGUUAGUAAGUAAGUGGGUGUAUGCUAAUCAUCCUCAGGCUACAUUUGCACUAUACGGGAUAGCUUUCCGUACCGGCGCGAAAAAGCACCCGCUAUAUCCGAUACGGAAUGUACAACUUUCAGAAGCUGAGCGAAACAGAAUCUCUCCGUUGCAAUAAUCCCUCAAAGAAACUAGUAAGGUACGGAUAGGUGGAUUUUGACGUCGCUACGAAAAGCUAUCCGGCAUAGUGUAAACUUGUGUAAAGCCUUGCAGCUGAGGGCUAAUCUCAACCUGAUCGAGUCGAAGCCUUUCAAAGGGCGCCUCUAGCAGCCACCUUAUAUGACUCAUGUGUGAUCACGGAGUACAACUACAGUGGAAGGGUAAGUUACAGGGCUUAAAAUAACGGGUCUAGGUCUCUGGUCAAAAUGACUGGUCAACAUGAUUUUAGCUCAGUCAAAAUCUGUUUUUCACCGGUCAUUGAUACACUUACACUAACAGUGAAACAAACUAUUAGGAACUUGUUUCGAUACAUCAUAGUUUCAUGUUUUAAUUCCAGACGUCAGCAAUCACUUUGGAAGGCAUGCAUGAAAAUGUGGCCGGUCAAAAUGACCGGUGAGGUAAAAAAGUGACCGGUCAAGAGGCAUUUUUGGCCGGUCAUUGUCCGUUGACCGGCCGUUAUUUUGAGGCCUGAAGUUAGGGGCUAAUCUCCACCCACCCUGUCAACUUUCCCUGUGGGAGGAAACCGGAGCACCCGGAGAAAACCCACGACUUUCGGUAGAGCGUUGACGGACUCUUUUCACAGAAAUGUCAUGUGCCCGCAACCGAGAAUCGAAGAGAUGCAAGGCGUUUGCUGUAACGACUGCGCCACCGAAGCUGCUUGUAGCUUUGAGGAUAAAAUAUUUACAUACAGUACAUAAAGCGAUAACUUUCUGCACUGAUUGCAGAACAUCUUAAUCAUACAGUGGGGAAAAAGGUUGUUAAACAUUUCAGUGCCGUGUUCAUCUUUUAGGAAGACAAGUAAACUCGCCGACAGGCUGUGUGGAAUUCUUAAAUCAUAUGGACAGAAUACUGACAAGUAGUUUCAACGCAUGUGCAGAUGUUGAUUACAGAAAUCCUGAAGGUGGGAAUUAAUUAAAUGUGUAAUUGGUUACGAAAAUUUCACAUAUAAUUUGACAUGUGAAAAUGCAUUUUCAAAUGUCCCAAUUCCGCGUCUGAAAUAAUAAUUUCACAUGUGAAAUUAAUUUUAACAUAAUAUUGAAAAAAUAUGUGAAACUCAAAUCAGUUUUUGUGUGAAAAUCCUAAAUUUCACAUAUGAAACGUUUGGGUCAAUAAUUCAUUGUUUGAAAAUUACGUGACAUAAAAUUUCACAUGUGAGAUCGUAUGUGAAUUUUCCGUAAAUACUUCUAGACUUAUACAUUAUUUACUUAAGCUGGACGCAGCCAGAACAGGACGGUUUCAUUACAAUCAUAUAUGGUUGUCUCAUACUCACAUAUAGCUACGCAACAGACACGAAACCUUCAAGGAUUUUGUAUGUUUUUAGUUAUUUCCCAAGCAUUUAACUGGCUGGUUUGUUAUUUAUUGAAACAAAGCGAGGGAAAGAUACAGACCGAGCUAAAUAGCGGAAAGGUAUAAUGUGCUUUUAUCAAAGAUAAUGUUAUUUAGUCUGUCAGUAAACGUACUGAAAAAUUUAUAUUGGAUUUUGUAACUCUAUAGGAGAAUUUUUCAGCAAAAAAUGACAGUCAAGUUUUCUUCUGCCGUUCAUUGGCUAUCGCGUUUAUUCAGGUGUGUACGGGGGUCUGGACACAAGGAUUAUUUCAAUUCUUUUUUCUCACGAAGUCGCAUUCUCAUACCCAGAGCCCUUCUUACGCGCGUUCGACCGAGCGCGACGAGGGGCUCUGGCCAAAUCCAUAUCAAACUGGCAUCUGAUUGGCCACAGUUCUAAUACCGGAUAUUGUUCUGUUACCAUGUUUUUAUGGUAUCCGGUUGUGGAUUUGGCCAGAGCCCCUCGUCGCGCUCGGUCGAACGCGCGUAAGAAGGGCUCUGGGCACGAGAAUGACGAAGUCGCUAAUUGGGCCGCCACGCAUCAUGAUGACACUGUAGUUAGUGCAUGUGUUUUUCAACCCUGCUAUCGGGUUUGGCUCGUGCAUUAAUGAAUUGUCUGGUAAUAAUUUCACCUGAGAAGAUAGAUUGGUAAAUCAUUUUGACUCUACCAAACUCGACAAGGUGUUCCCCAGGUUCCUUGUGUUUCAGUAGUUACACCGAACCAAUAAAGGAUCGGUUAAGAACAUAUGAAGUUACAUAUAUUAUUCGGCUCACUCCCCAACAGGGCUUUUCAGUCACCGAUUACAUCAAGUAUUACCUACUUAGCCUAGACUAUUUUAUCUUUACAACAUGCAAUUGUGAUAUUACUUUCUUAACUGUGUUUAUCCUAACCCACCCUGUCAACUUUCCCUGUGGGAGGAAUCCGGAGCGCCCGGAGAAAACCCACGACUUUCGGCAGAGCAUUGACGGACUCUUUUCACACGAGUCCAUAGCGAGAAUCAAACCCACGAUCUCAGAGGCGAAAGACGCUCGCUCUGACUGACGAGUGCGCAAUCGAAGGAGCUUUCCAGUCAAAACACAUAUACUUAUAUAAGCGAUCCUUUAUAUAGAAAACGGUCUUCGACAGAUUUCACGGACUAGUGAACGACCCUGACACUCCGUCAGACUUACGUAAUAUUUUGGCAAAAUUAGAAGUUUUGUACGGUUUGUCGACCUUAGAAAAACAUUUGGGAACUUUCUUUGAAGGUUUGUAUAGGAUAGCAUCGUAUGAUGUAAACAUUUUAACAUGGAAUUCAAAUAUUUUCAGUGUAAAUAGUAUUGAAAAACCCCCUGACCGGGAAUACUAUUUUUUUAAUAAUAGUAAGUUAAUAGAAGAACAGAUCUAAUUGCCUCAUGCAGUUGUGGAAAAAUCAUCUAGCUGGUUGGUCUUAAUGAAACGACUUUUUGAAGUACUGCAUGGGUUCCCCCAAAGAACAGAAUAUUUUAGAAAGUUUGAAAAACAACCGGCUACAGAACUACAUCCAAACUUUAGCUUCAACACAUUUUUGAUAUGCCUGAUGUGCUGUAUGGAAUUCUUUAAAAAUUCUAAAUGUUACAAUAAAUAUCCAAGCAUGAUAUACACACUUUAGCUCUUCAUGAAAAAAACUUACCUAUUUUUUUCUGCCAGGUGGAUUCUUCAACAAUGGAUCUCAUGCAAGAAUGAUUCGCAAGGCGAUCGUAGAUCUUUGCACCGAGGUUCUUACAUUAGCUUGUUAUCCACCAUAAAUCAUCUUAAACUCCGCCCUAAACAAAAUAUUUUGUCCUGUAGAUUAAACCUGAAGCGGUGUCUUUGGUCGAUGCUCUCGCUCCGCCUGACUUCGUUCUGAACUCUCCAAUUGGACAUAGUAAUGGAAAGGUUUGGCAUCAUUAAGUUAUUAAAACUAACUUUAUUUAUACUGGAUAAAACAUAAUCCGAAGAUAAGCAUCUUGAAACCCAAAAUAUGAGUCAAACAAGAAAGUGACUGAUGAUGAUUUUGUAAUAAAAUCGAAAUAUUAUUCACUCACUUUCUUGUUUGACUCAUAUUUUGGGUUUCAAAAUGCUUAUCUUCGGAUUAUGUUUUGUAUUAUACUGGAUAGCUCUGUCAGUUCUACACUGUUCUCCCUGGAGUUCCAGUCAGGAUCGUCUCUUAUUGAUCCAGUGUUACUACACGAGGAAACCUAAACUAACUUUAUUUAUACUGGAUAUCUCUGUCAGUUCUAAGCGGUUCUCCCUAGAGGUCCAGAAAGGAUCGUCUCUUAUUGAUCCAGUGUUACCACACGAGGAAAUCUAAACUAAACUAACUUUAUUUAUACUGGAUAGCUCUAUCAGUUCUAAACUGUUCUUCCUAGAGGUCCAGUCAGGAUCGUGUCUUAUCGAUCCAGUGUUACUACAGGAGGAAACCUAAAUUAAACUAACUUUAUUUAUACUCACGGAUAGCUCUAUCAGUUCUAAACUGUUCUCCCUACUCCCUAGAGGCCCAUGCAGUAAGGGCCAUGCACCAUAGACAACAAUUGGACAAUAUCUCCACCUCAAGCUAAUUUAUGGCCACAUACUUUCGCUUUCUACAGGCGUUGGAGAACCUAUACCAGGCAGUCUUGAGUGACCCCAAGAACACACAGCGACCUUCAUGGUGGAAAGAUUUCAUGGAAAAGCCGGUUAAAGGUUCACGGCGUAUGGAAAGCAAAUUAUAACAGAUAUCACAAAAAUGAACUUAUUCAGCAAUACUUAUUUAUGCCAUGUAGUUGCCUCACAAUAGACAAUUCUCAUUAUAGACUAAUUUUAAAAUAAGCAAGGAGAUGCAAAUAAAUCACCACAGCUAGAAAGAGCAUACUAGAAUGAGUACAUUUGGACCGAAAAUGGUAGCAAUUUCCGCACGCAAUGCAAAAGUAUACAGAAUUUGCAAACUUUGCAUGGCUAUAUAUUUUUACUCAUUUCAGUAUGCUCUUUCUAGCUGUGGUGAUAUCUCCUUGCUUAGUUUUAAAAUUAGUCUAUAAUGGUAACUUUCUAUUGAAUUGCAUGUAACAAGAUGAUGAACAACCAAAUACAAGAUGAUUUGAUACAAUGAAGAAAUAAAAUUAUUUUCCGAUUCCAAGAGCCGGUUGUUCAAAGCUAAAUUAUAGCCCUAAACACGAGUGACAAAAAACUCGAAAAAUGAGCCUCCUGCUAAGCAUGCUGCCACGAAUGACAUUUUGCUAAGCAUUUCGCCCUAGUGUGCGUCGGGCUUAAAGUCUCAUUCAGAAUGACAAAGUAUUCAAACUUUUUGUUUUACAUCAAGAAUUUCUUUGUUUCGAAGGCGCGACUUUCAGUUCGCGUUGUGCUUUCUAAAUCAGUCUACUCGGCACCUAAUACGCUGCUGGGUAAAAUAUAACCCACUUUGCUCGUUUGUAGCCUUCUGCAUGUUCAUUGCAAACGUUUACAGUCUUU